AGCAUGUCUCUAACCUUCCACGCCAUCGCCAUCGCGCCCGCCAUCUCGGCGCUGAAAAACGCCCACGCCUUCAUCUCCAAAGGCCACCAGCACGCCCUCGCCAACAACAUCGACCCAGAAACCUACUUGGCCGCCUCCCUGCACCCGGACAUGAAGGACUUUCGCUUCCAAAUCUACCGCGCCACCGACGCAAUCAAGUUUGUGCCGCCGCGCAUCAACCCCGCGCUCCAGGACAUGACGCUGCCGGAUGAGGAGAAGACGUUUGAAGAGCUGCUUGCGCGGAUUGAAAAGACAAUCAAGUACCUCGAGGGCUUUUCCGUGCAGGAUUUCGAGGGCACCGAGGGGAACGAGGUGGUGCUUAAGUUGGCGGCUAUGGGCAAGCAGAUACGGUCGCCGGCGCUCGAGUAUGUGGUUAGGUUUGCGCAUCCGAAUAUGUGGUUCCACCUUGUGACUGCGUAUGAUAUCCUGAGGAUGAAGGGCGUGGACGUGGGCAAGUUUGACUUUUUGAACGGCGCGAAAUCGUUUGUGGUUGAGGAUUUGCAGCAGCAGCAGCAGCAGCAGCAGUAGUAGUAGUAGUAGUAGUAGUAGUAGUAGUAGUAGUAGUAGUAGUAGUAGUAGUGUAAGUAGUUAGAUGGAAAGCUGGGACAUGAAUGGAUGCAUCGAUUCAGUUCCAGCUUCUGGAAAAGGGACUUGACGUCGGCUUAUCGACUCGUGGAUUCGCCCGUCUAAAUAAUUAAAUACAAUUUCUUC